UAAGCAAAAAGCGCGCGCGUAACUGUCAAUGUCAUUUAGUUGACAAUUAAAAAAAAAUAUUCUUCUUUUUAAUUUUUGUAUUGCUUCUGCUGUUAGUCUUAUUAGUACAAACAACCGUUAACUCAGUGCCGCUGGAUAAUGAGUUCGUGAUUGUGGAUAAAACUCGGAGUCCGUUAAACAGAAACCUAAACAAUGCACCGAAAUUUAUAGCGACGGACGACAAAAUGGGUCCACCUAUCAACACCUGGCCUUACAGCCAGCCGCCACUCGAGAGGGCUAAAGUGACAAGUGACAAUAAAAAGUGCCUCGUAGUUAAUAUCGUUGACAAUUUACGCACAGUAGGGAUUAAUUUUACAUUUGCAUUUAUAUUUUUACAAGUGUUUUCGAGUCUGAGUUCAGUGACCGCUGGCCCGGUUAUAUUGAAUCUGGACUAUUUGCAAGGUCCUGUACCCUUAGCUAGAAAUAUAAGGCACUUGCCCUGCAUAUCAAGAAGUACAAGCCAAGAGGGUCUUUGUAUGUUUGCCAUAGACUGCUUGAAAGCAAACGGAACUCAUCUAGGUACAUGCAUAGACAGGUUCUACUUUGGCUCAUGUUGCCAAAUACCAGAUAAAACAACUUUACCACAGUUAAUUGGUAAUAAUAUAGAUGAUAAUUCAAUAGAUAACGCAAAUUUCGUUCAUCCGCUCAUAGACGAUAAAGUUCAAAAUCAUAUUUUUACGAAAAAACCCUCAGUAAUCAACAAUGUUACAAAAAAACCAGCUGUCGUGGAAUCUAAUGCUCAGACUGAAAAGCCAGCUACUGUUCAAGAUAGGACAGAACCAGAUGAAGCGGAAACUAAAUCAGAUGAACUUAACUUGACCACACAAUUUAAUAAAAUUACAGGCGACAUUGUCAAAACCACGAAUGCAAUGGAUACAACAACAACCAAAGAAAUGCCUACAACCCAAUCUAUUAAAUCAACCUCGCAUAUUUCAGAAGCUACUGAAAUUCCCGUUAAACUGUCAACUUUCCAAACAGUUUCUGGUGAUUUUAACAACUUAGUCACUGAAAAAGAAAGUUUGAAACCAAUUAAAACCGAAAGCACAGAGACCAUAAGGCCUACAACUGAAAGAGUAACAGAAAAACCGAUAAGGCCGACCAGAAAGCCGGCCAAACCUAUUGUAACAUAUAAACCAAGACCAUAUAGACCGACUAACUUCACAAAACCACCCCACAUUACCAUCAAACCAAGACCUACGAAACCUAUUGUACCAUAUAAUUCAACAAGAAAACCACCAUAUAGAAACCCGCCUAAAAGACCAACAACUAAGAAGCCUUUGCCAUCACCACCUAGACUAAAUAUUACUAUUAUACCACAAUCAACUAGUACACGACCAGGGUUUAUAAGACCAUCAUUGUCGACUAUUACAUAUAUCAAUACAACCGCAUCAAAGGUUGAAGAUAUACCUGUUACUACAACUACAUCAACCACAGUCACAACUUUACCGCCAAGUCCAACUACAACAACUUCAACAACAACGACAACGACAACAGCUGCGCCUACAACAACGACCACAGCUGCACCAACAACAACUACAGCUGCCCCAACAACAACCACAGCUGCCCCUACAACGACCACAGCUGCCCCGACAACGACCACAGCUGCACCAACGACGACAGAACGAGUCGUAGAGACAACAGAAGAUAUUGUCACAGAAACAGUGUUUUCGUCUUUACCGACUGAAGCAAUUACAGAUAAAUUAUCUGAAAAAGAUACAAUUACAUUUACUUCCGAGCCUCAAGCGGAAACAAGUUCAACUGAACCUCCGAGAGAAGUUGUUACUGAAAAAGAUAUUCAAGGACCUUUCACAGAAAAGGAACAAGAAGAAUCUACUGUAAAAGAAACUGUUAGACCGGUAACUGAAGCUGACGAACCACUGACUUUAAAACCUACUACAUCCACAUCUACUGAAUAUCCUCCUUUAGUUACUUGGUCUAAUACAAUCAACUCCAAACCCGCUGAGAGUACAACACAAACACCAGAUGAUGUAUGGUCACCUAUAACGCCACCUGAAGGCUGGGUACUAAUUUCAAGUAUGGCACCAAAACCUGAAACAACGACUACUUCACAAGCAACAACAACAACGUCAGCGGCUCCAACUACAUCAGCAGCACCAACAACAGUCACUGAGUCACCCUCACCGCCUGCUAGUGUCAUAACAACACAAAAAAUUGAAACUCCUAUCACAACAACAGAAUCGGUGGCUUCGUCGCCUUCACCAACAAGUUCAGCGACUUCAACGACAACACAAGCUCCUAUUCUGGAGUUCACAGUUAAUGUGACUCUAUCACCAACUAUGCCAACUUCGACUUCAUCCAUUGGUUUAUUAAAUGCAACUUUGAGUUCACCAUCAGAUAACGCGACUGCCGCAUCUGGUAACCAGACUGACACAACCCAAUCUAUCGAGUCUACUGAUGCAGACUUAACUACUACCGACGAGGCUGUGACUACCGAACAGAUCACUACAACAGCUGAGUCGUACAACAUGUCUAACUACAAAGACGUGUGUGGUCGCCGGAUGUGGCCGCAGGCUAGGAUCGUCGGUGGCGCGAAGUCCGGCUUUGGACAGUGGCCCUGGCAAAUCUCACUCAGGCAGUACAGGACUUCGACAUAUCUCCAUAAAUGUGGGGCCGCCUUACUAAAUGAGAAUUGGGCGAUAACAGCCGCACAUUGUGUCGAAAGAGUACCACCGUCAGAACUCUUGGUGCGUCUUGGAGAAUACGAUCUAGCCAAUGAAGAAGAGCCUUACGGUUUCGCUGAACGACGGGUGCAAAUCGUUGCCAGCCAUCCUCACUUCGAUCCCGCCACUUUUGAAUACGAUUUAGCCCUCCUCAGAUUCUACGAGCCAGUUACAUUCCAACCGAACAUCUUGCCUGUGUGCGUGCCAGAUGAUGAUGACGACUACGUUGGCAGAACAGCUUACGUCACUGGAUGGGGACGACUAUACGACGAGGGUCCGCUUCCCAGCGUUCUGCAAGAAGUCGAGGUACCAGUGAUCAACAAUACGGCUUGCGAGUCCAUGUACUUAGCGGCUGGAUACAACGAACACAUACCGAACAUAUUCAUAUGUGCCGGUUGGAAGAAAGGCGGAUCGGACAGCUGUGAAGGUGACAGCGGGGGACCGAUGGUGGUGCCACGAGGCCGUGAUGGUCGCUUCGUAUUGAGCGGUAUCAUCUCGUGGGGUAUUGGUUGUGCGGAACCCAACCAACCCGGAGUCUACACGAGAAUCUCUGAAUUCAGGGACUGGAUCAACCAGAUACUGCAAUUCUAGUGAUUUUAUUUUUGAUAUAGACAAUUCUUGACGUUGAUCGUUAUUUUUUUAUAAAUAGACGAAUAUUAACAACUUUUUCGUUAAAUAUAGAAAACUGAGAAGUCGUAUUAAAGAACACAAGAUAAGUGUUAUAUUAGAAUUUUAUAAAAAGUUCACGUUUAGAGAACGUAUUUUUCUGUAACUUUGGCUUGUAAGUUACUAAGACAACAAUUUUGGUGUAACUUUGUAAUAAUUGUCAUUUCGUAACUUUGCCAUAGCCUACUAAGAGUAAAACGACGCUAAUUCCAAGUGAAUACAUUUUUUUAAUAAAAUACGCAGAAAACAUUUAAUCCUACGAUAACUGAGUAAGUAAGUUUAAGUGACUUCAUUAUAUUAUUCGAUUUUUGAAAUAGGGUUUUUUUACAACUUCAAAUUAUUGACAACGAAAUGAAAAGUUCGAUACAACGAAUUUAAAAAAAAAUUACCAAACAAUCGUAACUUC